UUCAGUAGUAGAUAGCCACAAUCAAAAAAACCGUGCCGAGCCCGGGGAUCCGCGCUGGGUGAACACAGGUCCGACCUCUACAGCAUCCGAUCUAUUCUGUUCACAGAUGCUGUCUCUGUCCAGUCAGUUUUUAUACGGUUUUUUUCCGCCUGGGGCAGAGGUUCUCCUAUUCUUCUUGUUGCUUCACGUAUUCCUUGGUCUCCUUUUCUCUGUGCUGGGCUGUACAAAAGCCACUUCUGGGAAGCGAUGAAUGCUGAUGUUGGGUUAAGGGAACCUGGUAUUGGGAUGCAUGUUCCUGACUAUGCUCCUGACGACUCUGACUAUCUCGAUCUAGAUAUCUCCCGUGUAUUCAUCGCUGGGUGUCUCCGAGAUGGUCCAGGAAAGGGCCCAUUUCGCACAGAGCCAUGCUUUUUCGUUUGUAAAUGAGGUCUUUCUGCUUGCUGCCAGCUGUGGUUUCGCAGCCUUUCCUCGGCUGCGGCUUGUGGCUUAAAACUUUUAAGGAUUUUUUGCCCAGGCAUCAUUUAUUACAUACAUGUAUUUUUGAUAAGCACGAAUUAUUCCAUAAUAUAUAUUACAGGGGUCACAGUGGGAGGACAGUUGGACUGGAUGGCCUCGAUUAUAUCAAAGGUCUCUUCCAACCUUGACAAUUGUGAUUCACUGUCCGGGGUCAGUUCAUAACCAGCGCCUAAGGCUGCAGCAGUCCCAGUCAAAAACAUCAGGAUGAGUUUAAGCCUAUCUCCCUUUAUCUACAUGGGUUUAUUCCGGCUGAACAUUCCCCAACACCUCAGGGCGGUUUCAGGGUCCCGGCCCGGCCGCCCUCGAUGGCGCCGCGCGCACGGCGUUGCCCCGGCAACCGCGGCCGGGCGGGAAGGGCGAGACCGGCCCGGCGCCACAGCCAACCCCGAGGCGGCGGCGGGCUCGGACCCACAGCCGAGUCCAACCCGCCCUCACAGCCAACCCCGAGGCGGCGGCGGGCUCGGACCCACAGCCGAGUCCAACCCGCCCUCACAGCCAACCCCGAGGCGGCGGCGGGCUCGGACCCACAGCCACCCCCGCACCGCCCCCACAGCCAACCCCGAGGCGGCGGCGGGCUCGGACCCACAGCCGAGUCCAACCCGCCCUCACAGCCAACCCGAGGCGGCGGCGGGCUCGGACCCACAGCCACCCCCGCAGCCGGCCUCGAGGCGGACUCGGCCCCACAGCCGACCCCGCACUCCACCCCGGAGCAGGCGCAGCCCCAGAGCGGACCCCGGCCGGCCCCGCCAUGGAGCUCGAGGAGGACUUGGAUAUGUUGGAUCCAGAGAGGUUAAUCCAGUGCCCCUUGGUUAAAAACCACUGGAUCAGAGCACGGCGGUUUCCCUAUCACCUGGUGAAGUGUAAGGAGAGCAACCCUGAAAUUGCAAAGAAAUUGGCCACAUGCCCCUUCAAUGCUCGUCACCUGGUUCCUCAGGCUGACCUCAGCGACCACAUCAUGAAGUGCAAUGACAAAGCCUUCGUGGAGCAAGAUGUGGUGAGCCGGUCCUGUGAGUCCCCACAGGAGCAGCUGAAUAAUGGGAGCACAUGGCAGGCACCUCCAUGUGCUGAAGACUGGGAAACAGACUUGCUAGAGGGAUCUGAGUCUACUUUUGUGUGGGGUGUGAUCAACUCUGCCAUGAAAAGCACCAUCAGGGACCAGAACAACUCCUUGCCCUCACGGAUGCGGCCCCCUGAGACUCUCCCGUACACCCUGCCUGCAGGCCUCAGCAUAGCAACAGCUUAAAGAUCCUUUGAGGAAUGAUUGUCCUGGUUCCCAUUAGGAGCAACUGAAGCUGGUGCUCUCGGGGCACUGCGGACACAGCUCCUGCACAGCCAAGGACUGCAAUUGCCACAGUGUUGGGCUGAGUCUGGCAAACCAAACUGAAAUGCCAGUUGUAGACAAGCCUUGCUGCCAAGGGGACAAGUGCUGCCUCUGCACAGGCCACUGUCCCUUGGGGGAGCGGGGGAAGUUGUUGUAUCUUUGCCCAUCUCAUGCAAAAAUUUUACCUUGUCCUUUCCAGAGUUCGGAAUAUUAGUUCCUCCCCUUGGAACUUAGUUUUGCCCCAGCAGUAAGUGUCUCCCUGGUUUGGAUGGGAGAGCUCCUGCAGAAGACAGGCAUGCUCUGGACCUGAUGGCAGGACUCUACACCUGGCUUUUAUUGCAUGAUGUGUUUCUUGUAAUGUUUGAAUAUGUGGAACUGUCCUUGGUUACCAAAUGUUUCCCCCAACCACUUGUUUUAAAAGUUACCCUCACCUUUACUUGGUGAAUUUUGUUACUGUUCUUGAAAAAAUAGACUGAUAAAUGUACACAGAAACCUUCCCAUCCCAGCCCUGGUGGCUCCCUGUGAACAGGAAAAACAUCAUAAUUGCCAAGUCUCUGGUUUUUGUAACAGGCAAACUUAGAAGUA